AUGUCCAUGUCAGCCCCUGCCAAUGCCCAGAUCUCACACGCGGGCCAGGCAUGCGUGGUGAAGGAGGACAACAUCAGUGAGAGGAUCUACACUAUCAGAGAGGGAGACCGCUUGGAGCUCCAGUGUCUGGUCAAAGGACACCCACAACCACAGGUGCGGUGGACCAAGACGGCGGGAAGUGCCUCUGACAAGUUCCAGGAGACGUCCAUCUACAACGAGACGCUGCGCAUCGAGGGCAUCCAGCGGGUGCAGGGCGGCCGCUACUACUGCAAGGCCGACAACGGGGUGGGGGUGGCUGCCAUCAAGUCCAUCCGGGUAGACGUGCAGUACCUCGACAAACCCGUGCUGACAGUGCACCAGACCAUCAGUGAUGUGCGCGGGAGCUAUUACCAGGAGAAGACGGUGUUCCUGCGCUGUACGGUCAACUCCAACCCCCCAGCCCGCUUCAUCUGGAAACGUGGCAACACACCCAUAGAGCAGAGCAAGGAUACCGGAGUGGACAUCUACGAACCGCUCUACACACAGGGGGAGACCAAGGUGCUGAAGCUGAAGAACCUGAGGCCAAAGGACUUUGCAAACUACACGUGCGAGGUGACUGUUCGCAACGUGUGUGACAUCCCGGAGAGCUCUGUCACCUUUCGGCUCACCAACGCCACCACUCCCCCUGCUCUACGGCUGUCUGUCAARGAGACCCUGGUGGUGGACCCCGGGAAAGACGUGACCCUGUCGUGUGAGGUGACCGCCGGAUUCCCUAAGCCCACUGUCACCUGGUCGCGCUAUCCCAACCCAUUGCCGAGAAACUCGUUGGUAAGGAAUGGGACUCUGACACUGCGCUCGGUCACGCCCGCCGACUCAGGCUUCUACAACUGCACAGCGGUCAACAACGUGGGGAACCCGGCCAAGAGGAACGUCAACCUCCUCGUCCGAAGUAUGGGCAACCUCACCUUCCAGAUCACACCCGACUCCAACAAGGACAGUGAGAGCAUCCAGAUGGGCCGCGAUCUCAAGCUCUCGUGUCACGUGGACGCACAGCCCCAGGACAAGGUCAACUACACAUGGUACAAGAACGCGGCACUAGUCUACAACUCGGACAGCUUGAUCGUGCUGCGSAGCGACCCGGAUAUGGCGCCGGGCACAAGUAGCCUGGAAAUCGUGGACAUGAAGUUCCGUGACCAGGCCACCUACAGUUGUGUGGCCAACUUUCCUGGGAGCACGGUCCCCGAGCUGAGGGUAGACGUCAACAUUACCCAGAGCAGCGUCACUCCCCCAAUUUUGACAGUGCCGGCAGGGGGCCAGGUGGUGAGUGUGAGGGAGGGAGGCUCUGCCGACCUGGUGUGCCUGGUGGAUGGCAAGCCCCGUCCGCCUGUGCUCUGGUCGCGCGCCGACAAGGACCUGCCUAUGCCCACGGGUGAGUGGGCGAUGGAGACACGCAACGGGCGCCUCCGGCUGACCAACGUCACCCGUGACCUGAUGGGUUCCUAUCGCUGCCAAACGGCGUCCUACAAUGGCCUCAACAUCAAGCCACGCCAGGCGCAGGUGCAGCUCAAUGUGCAAUACGCUCCAGUCCUGGACCCGGUCUUUCAGGAUGUCCGUUCACCCAACUACCAGUUUGUGACGUUGCGCUGCCUCAUUCAGAAGUCCAACCCGGCACGCGUGGCCAGUGUCCGCUGGGUCCGAAACGGCGAGCCCCUGUCCUCCCUGACCCCGAACCCGCAGGAGAACCCGCAGCUGAAAUUCAAACUGGACCCCAGCAACAACGGCACAUACGAGUGCCGCGUCAGCAACGGCGUGGGCAGCUCCACCUGCACCUUCAAUGUCUCGUCCCGUCCAUACAACGCAGAGUUUUACUUUGAUACGCCCAACCCCAUCCGCAUUCAGAAGGUCAACAACUACUCCUACAACCUCCAGUGGACCCAGAGAGAGCCGGCAGCUACAGACCGCAUCAUCGGCUACUGGGUCAACGUACGCACGAUUAAGCAGAAUGACAAGAUGAACCAGAUGAACAUGUUCUCCAAGCAGAUUGACAAGAAGGAGCCCGUGAAGGGCGGCCUCAUGUCCUACACCCUGACUGACCUGAAGAUCCCCGUCUCCUAUGAGAUCCGCCUGGCCCCCAUCACCACCUACAGCACCGGAGACUAUGUCAGUCGCACCAUCCAGUACUCAGAGCCCUACAUUUACCCAAGACCUUCAGACCACGUCUGUGGCUUUGAGGACGAGCGCAUCUGUGGUUUCUCCCAGGACCGGGGCGACAAUUUUGAUUGGACAAGACAGAACCACCUGACCCAGAACCCCAAGCGCUCGUCCAAUACCGGCCCAGAGAUGGACAGGAGUGGAAACAAAGAAGGUUACUACAUGUACAUCGAGGCCUCUCGUCCCCGGGUCGCUGGGGACAAUGCCCGUCUCCUGUCCCCUCUCUUCAACGUUACUGCUGCCAGAGGCCCCAAGGGCUCCGGUCGUCUCCCCUACUGUGUCUCAUUCUUCUACCACAUGAAGGGCAAGCACAUCGGUUCCCUGAAUGUGUGGCUGAGGGUGAAGAGCAUCGCCUCUGUGGGCGAUCGGGUCUGGACUCUGGAUGGGAACCAGGGUCCUGACUGGAUUCAGGCCAACAUCAACGUCAACCCCAGCGGACCCUUCCAGGUGAUGUUUGAGGCUAUUCGGGGAGCGGGCUAUGAAGGGGACAUUGCCAUCGAUGAUGUCUCAGUCACCAAAGGGAAAUGCAAGCAGGAGAACUCUGUCUCCAACACAGUUCUGAUUGGGGGAGCCCCAGGUCUGCGCUCGCUCCCAUUGGUCGCCUCACUGACCUUCGCCCUCUGCUCAUAUCUACUGCUGCUCUACAGAUGAUGAGCACAACGCACAGCGUCCCCUGUCUGCCGAGACAGGCUACUGCCCAGACUUGCGCUCUCUUCUUCUCUCCCUGUGUCCCUCGCUACCUCUCCCCACUCCCCUCCCUUCUUCCUCUCACCUUCUCCAUCCACUUUUUAGUUUUCAUCUCCAGCCCUGUUUUCGAUGACUAUCCAUGCUUCACUUCUCCCAUUACACCUUGGCUAUGCUUGUAAUUGACUGUCGUUUGAUUGACUCUCUCUCUCUUUCUCUCUCUGUAUCAUUCUCCUUUUCCACACUCACCCCUUUACAGUCGUACGUGGCUGUGUUUUCCAGCCAUUCUCUCUUUCAACCAAUCACACUAUUUUUAACCGAGGCAAAGUCGCAAACUCAAUGACCUGACCUUUGACACCCAAUAUCACUCAAUCCAACCCCUCACAGCAGACACACUUCAUUCUUCUAUUCACUCUCACACACUCUUCCGUCACCCCCCUUUACUCUUUCCAACCCCCCCCCCGGCGACCACCCGUAUCCCUGACACACCAAAGUGUCGGACACUCUACCAAAGAUGAUGAAGAACCUGAGGAAAAAAGGGAAAGGAUGGGUGGGGGGAGGGGUUGAGAAUAAUAGGAUGACAAGGGUAGGGGGGUUCCCCCCCUCCUUAUUGAACCCUCCCCCUCGCCUUCUUGGGUUGGGCGCCAGGGAGCUGCCGAUCACAGCAGACUGAGUGACUGACAGACUAAGGAGGCUAGGAAGGAAGGAAGCAGAGAAGGAGUUCCCACUUGCCUCUCCUCUACCGGUCAUGGCCGUAGAUGACUUGUGUUGGAUCGUACGUGUACAUUUCUCUAUAUAUGAUAUAUUACAAAAGUUUAAAUAAUUAAAACAUUCAGAAAAACACUCAUGGACAUGAGCAACGUUACAGGCUACGACAAAGCAAAACUACAGAAGCACAAAUUUAUACAAUCUACUCCCUUUUAUUUGGGGUUUUCCUCCGUGUGUUGUUGCUGUAUGUCGUCUCAAUCGAACUGUUUGUGUUCUUAUGGUUUUUUGGGGGGCGGAUGUGAAAAGAAGGGAGUGGUGACAUUUAUGUGGAAGAGAUGGGUGUGGAUGUGUUGGUUGGUACCUAUGACACCCUUCGCCUAUAGCCCACUCGUGGCAGGGAUGGGCCAGUCACCUCCAUUAUGCCCACCACCCCACUCUCCACCCCAAAUAACGACUUGACAGAGACUAUGACUAGCCUCCCCUACUCACUCACCCUAGCCAGCCACAUCCCCUAUCUUCAAAGUCCAGCCAGUAACAGCAUCUCUCGGACUUCCUGCGGUCUACAGACAAUGGACCUCCUGCUUCCUGUACAAGGAGAAAGUGGAGGUGGAGCGUGAUUGAAAUCAAUUAUGCCAACCACGUCGAUACGCAUUAUUUAAAUGAGGCAUGGAUGUAGUAUAUUGGGGGCAGGGCGUCAAAAUCCAAGAAAAGGACCAACAGGGUAAGGUGGGGGGGGGGUGCAGAUCCGAUAGAUGGAUUCUAUUUCACAGGUUUCCGAUGAUGAAUGUCAUGUAUAGGAUUCUAGAGAAAUAACUGAAUCAACUGAAAAUCGACAACAUUUGGAAGGCAGCAGGUCCAAUGUCCUACUACAACUGUAUCAGCCGAUCAAGGUUGAAUGUCUUCGAUGUAACCAUAGUUUAUUUAAGACGAUUACUCAUGUGACAGUAUGAUUGUGUUUCUGUGUGGAGCAAUACUCAUUCACUAUCAGCUCACAUAGUUAGCCCGAGCACAUCGUGAUUGAUCAAAGUCUACAUCUUGCAAAUGCACCUGUUCGCCCAAUUAAGGUAGGGAAUCCAAUGAGCCCCAAGCACAUUGUUGCACAAAGGUACAGAUUCAAUCCGAUCGUAGAUUCUUGACAACGUAGCCUUUAAAGUCAAUGUUCACGCUCACAGAAAAUGCUUCAGAUGUCCAUUCAAACAGAAAUCCCCUUUAAAAGCUGCAUUGUCGACCAUGCGCGAUCGGAUUGAAUCUCAGUUAAAGUAAUUGGUCACAAUCUAAGAACAAAAUAACCUAAUUGAUGAUGCAGAACACAUAUAAUUGGCAAGUUCUUCCUCUCAAGAUUAGUUUCCAAAAGUCCCCUGAAUCCUAAACCGCAACAUACUACCCCUAGGCACUUGUAUAUCUGAGAGGGUUGGAUAGGUGUAAGCACGAUGGUGGUAGCUCCAUCUUACCAUCUGAUACGCCAGGUGGAAUUGUUGCUAUAUUGCUUAUACCUGUCCAAUCCUUUCAUAUCUACGCAAGUGCAUGGGAGGAGGGACUAAGGGUUGAUUUGGUAUACAGGGAUACUGUUACAUCAGUCUUCUCCAAAUAAGUGUUGUAUAUUUACUGCAUGAGGCUUUUUUUAUCGUAUCGGUUGCCGAUAUUACUUAAUUCAGCUCUCACCUUCAACUUAAAGUUCUCAACAAGGGAACCUUGUUCAUAUACAUACACAGAACAUGGACAUAAAACUGUGUGCCUCUAAGACUUGCUUCCAUAAUCUUCCUAAAUUAAAGCACUUGGUAAAAAUUGGGUGUGGACACUCGAUAUCAGAUGUCAAGUGCAUUUUGGCUGUCUUUUUGACAUCCCUCAUAGUCACAUUGUAAUAGCAACUUAGGUCCAUACUGCAUUGCAAGCACAUGAGAAACAUUGUUUUAUUAAAUGUAUGUCAUUGUGAUAUGGGAGCCAUCUUGUGUGGUCCUAACCUCAUGCUUGCUUGUACACUUCGCUCGCUCACUUUAACUGUAACACCCAUAUGUAUGUAACAGCAGCUCAUGUCUUAGCGUAGAUGCUCUCCAACGGUUGUUGGAAUUUUGGCAUCUCAGGUCACGUCUUGAGCCAACAUGGUGUCACAGGGGGUAAGGUGUCUUAUCUCAGCUCUGUGUUAACUGUGGUGUUCAUGUGCUACUCACAACCAAGAAAGUCUGAAAUAUCCAACUGGGAAACUCGGUAGAAGAGUGCUUGAUUCAUCACUUGGAAGCUUUGGACAUCGGAAGCUCGGAGUUAUGACGUGUGGGCAAUUUAGGGCUAUUUUUUUGUUCCAAGAUUCUAUCAGAGUUUACGAUUACUCCGGUACCACAUGACAGCAGUUACUGUCUUGCCGACUACCCAUUUCCCACCUCCUUUAUCCAGUAAGCUGUGCAUUUCGUAAGCAUUUUUGGCAAAGCGCUGACCAUUUGCUAACUACCAUAUUUAAUGUAUAUUUACAACUAUCUGUAAGUAUAGGCAGGAGAUAUGAAGGGUGGCAAUGCCUGACUUAGGACAUAACAAUGAUGCAUCAGAAUCAGAUGCGACUGAAAGAUAAUUAUCAAAGUACUUUAUCACAUGAUUUUAAAUGAUAAUGUAUCAUUAGGAAAUUUGAACUCAUGUUCUACAUGACAUUGACCCCAAAGAAUCCAGAGGCUUGGUGCAAUUGAUGUUCACUUGUUGUUUUAUUUCAUUUGUGGUUUCUUCACACAUCUAGAGUAUUUGGCAAUUAUGAAGAAGGUAGUGGUUUUAAAAGGAAAAUCAAUUGUUUUCCCUUUUAUUUGUAUUUAUUUUCGUAAAUGUUUUUUUUUUACAAACCAAGACUAAAACAUCAAGCUAAAUCAAUUUGAGAUCACACACAUUCCUGUCCAUGGUCACAUACUUUACUAGAAAAAAUAUGAACAUCUUCUUUAAAUGGAGUUCCACAAUAAUCAUAUAUGUGUAGCUAAGGACCUACAGUYUGUGUAACAUUACAAUUAGUCUCAACACACUGAGCGUUUGAAACACAACACGUGUAGAUGUAACCGGAUCCUACUAUACCUGUACUCUGCUGCUGUGUUCGCGAGAGCGUGGGAGGGUCCACUUCAAAAGAUAUUAUACAGUACUGCAAAUACAUUGCUGACACUGAUUACAAUUAUUACAGUUGAGUAACCUGCAUAGAAAUGCCCAGGGCCUAGACUGAUCAUGUUAAAUACCCAAUGGAAGAAAGGGUACAGCACAGAAAUAGUAAUCCAACUAUAAAACUUGGAUUAGAUUUAAUGGGAUAAGAUUUUAUCUUUGUGUCUUCUGUGUUCUUUACUAUAGAAUGCUUCUCAACGUUAACACUGUUGUAAAGUCAGGUGAAUUCCUUGUCAAUGAAAUAUGUGGGUAGGAAUACUAUGAAAUGGGCAGGAAUACUAUGAAAUGUGGGCAAGAACACUAUUUUGGGGAAAUAAGCAUUAACCAAUAUAUUUAUUGUAGAGGGGAGAAUUGUAAAUGAUUAAUUUUGAUCUUAUGAGAUGAUGGUUGAAGUGCCUCCAUUGAUCUGAACCGGACCUUCAGUAUUGGUAGUAAUAUUUAGUUGUUUGGAUUCAUGGUCUUUCUUUCCAAAACUCCUAUAUGAAUUGAGUCCAUAAUUGAUCAAUGCUCUGCUGGCUGUACAUUUUUGAUAUUGACAAACGUUACACAGCCUAACCUUAGGUUGUCUUUACUGUCACCAGAUCAAUUGGAAAUUAAACUAACCUCCAUACUUCAAAUGAAACCAUGAAAUGCCUGAAAGUGAGGCAAUUUUGGGUUGACAAAUCAGAUAUAUCCAAUAGUUGGCCAUUUUAAAUCUAUUCACUUGUGUCCAUAAAGGAGUAUGCAGCUGUUCGGUCUGAGGUAUAAUUCAUUGUGCUGCUUUUCAUGCACUUUAAUGUGAAAUUAAAUGUCUUGAAAUGUAUGCCAUUUGACACCCAUUGUGUACUAAUGCUCGUUUUUUAAUACUUCAUGAUUGUCACAUCACUCCCUCAUUAGCUGAGGUUGUCCUAAAAUCUACACCGUACUCUAUUAUUGCAGMCUGGUUUAAGGUGUAGAUUAUCAAUAUAUUCCUCUAGGAUACAAGACCGAAUGGGAGUUCAGUUCCCGGGUAUCUCCCAGUUAUCUCCCUGCUUAUUCUCUUCUGAUUUCAGGAAUUCUACAACCAAGAUUUCUGAAAAGAGUGGGCAUUUGGUAAAUAAAUGUGGCAUUGCCACACCUCCAGUUAUCUGAUGUUUUUACAUGAUCCAGGUUUUCCCUUGACCACCUAAAGGGUCCCCAGUUCAUGCUGAACAUUUUCAAACCUCCACUACAAGUGUAUGUACUAUCAAAAUGUUUUGUUGUAGAUUAUCAAUCUAUCAUCUUUUGUCCAUCAUAUCCUUGUAGUUCUCUGUCUCAAACAAGAAGGUUAGAAAGGACCCCCGACAUGCAGGUUAGAGAUCAAAUAAGCAAGUGCCUCACAACUGGUAUUCCUCCAUGAGGUGACUUUCCAUCCAUGAAAACCACUUCAGCCAGUUAGCGUAGUGUCCAAGCAAUAUCUGUGGCCAUGUUCAGAAGGGGUGGCCAGUCACUCAGUCACUAAAAACGACCCCCUCUUCCAUUAGAGACAUCCCGGCACACACCAUUGAUGCUCUACGUAUUCAACAGCAGGACCGACUGACUGUUACUGUAUAGGUUUUCACAUCACUGCCUCACUGCCAGUGCAGACACUUUGUCCACUCACAUAAAGGGUGCGUUCCGGAUACAGUGAUUUUGAGCAGGGCUAAGUUUCCCAAAAACAAUUUUAGCAUUCAAAAAUCAUUGUUUGUCCAUUGCCUACCUAUGGAUUUAGGAUGAUCUUAGUGCUAAAGAUUAUCGCCAUGUUAUUGGGAAAGUCACCCCAGAUCUUUAUAAUGCCUGGAGAAGUCUUUUACYUCUGAUCAACCACAUCAACAUGAUGUAAUCAUCCUAUAAUCUACGCAGACCUGUGCAGGAUCUGUGUAUCUGGAGCGCAACCAAAUGACUGAACCCUCCCCAAUGCAGUCAGAUUGGUCAGAGUAACUUCACAGCUCCUGCCUGGCUGUGCAGGAUCCGAGACAAAGAUGGUGUGUGUGUAUAUGCACCUUAGUGAACGCGUGAAGAACGGUAUAGCAGUGCUGGGUGUUGUAUAUUCUCUGUCAUGUACUGAAAUAUUUUAGAGGAAAAAUAUAUUUGAAAUAUGACUCCAAAAUGUAUGAAUAAAUAAUCAUGAA